UAAACACCUCUCACCGACCAGAGGACGAAAACAUGGCAGCUUCCCUGCGUCUGGGUCGUCAGGGGGUUUUAUUUGGAUUUAGAUUAUCUCACUUUAAUAAAUGUUUAUGUGCCACACAGCCACGACGGCAGCAUGUCAGACACUUCUCUCGGUCCCCAUGGAUCCUCGGUGUCAGCCCAGUCAAAGUCGAAAUGCCGGCGCUCUCCCCCACCAUGGAGGAGGGAAGCAUAGUUAAAUGGCUGAAGAAGGAAGGUGAGGCGGUGGCAGCCGGCGAUGCCCUUUGUGAGAUUGAGACUGACAAGGCUGUUGUUACCAUGGAAUCUAAUGAAGAUGGGGUCAUGGCAAAGAUAUUGAUGGAGGAGGGAAGUCGCAAUGUGCGCCUGGGCACUCUCAUCGCCCUCAUGGUGGAGGAAGGGCAGGACUGGAAGCAGGUUGAUAUGCCCCCUCCAGAUGUUGCAGCUCCGCCUGCUACAGAUGCAGCCGCCGCCCCAGUUGUGCCCCCUGCUGCUCCCUCUCCAGCUACCCCACCAAAACCAGCCACGUCAGGACCGUUACGUCUGAGUCCAGCAGCGAGACAUAUCCUGGACACCCACGGUGUAGACCCAAAACUGGCCACACCCACUGGACGAAGAGGACUUGUCACCAAGGAAGAUGCAUUGAAUCUGUUGAAGACAUCUCCUGCGCCCAAAGCAACCCCAGCCAUGGCUGCCCCGGCUGCUCCGAGGCCCGUCCCCACCCGGGCAGCUCCCCCUCCGCCCCCAGGCAGCAGACCCAACAUACCUCCUCUCUCUGUACCAGGGAAACCAGGAGCACCGGGCACUUUCACAGAGAUCCCAGCCUCAAACGUCCGCCGUGUGAUCGCUCAGAGACUAACGCAAUCGAAGACCACCAUCCCCCACGCGUACGCCUCGGUCGACUGCGACAUGGCUGCCGUCAUGCACCUCCGCAAAGACUUGGCCAAAGAACAAAUCAAAGUGUCGGUUAAUGAUUUCAUUAUCAAGGCAGCUGCUGUUACACUUAAAGAAAUGCCAGAAGUGAAUGUGACCUGGUCUGGCGAUGGACCCUGUGCACUCGAUUCAGUCCACAUUUCAAUCGCAGUGGCGACCGACAGAGGCCUCAUUACCCCCAUCAUCAAGGAUGCUGCAGACAAGGGAGUCCAGGAGAUCUCGGCUAACAUAAAGGCGCUGGCCCAGAAGGCUCGAGAUGGGAAACUUCUACCAGAGGAGUACAUGGGAGGCUCAUUCAGUAUAUCUAACCUGGGGAUGUUCGGCAUCACCGGCUUCAGCGCCGUGAUCAACCCUCCCCAGGCGUGCAUCCUCGCCGUCGGGACCUCAAGGUCCGAGCUGCGGCUGUGCGAGGACGACCAGACGCUGCGCACCCAGCAGCUGAUGACGGUUACACUGUCCAGCGACGGACGGCUAGUGGAUGACGAGUUAGCCUCACGGUUUCUAGAUAAAUUCCGCUGCAACCUAGAACAACCGCAACGCAUGGCGCUAGCCUGAAAGUGAGAUAGCUGUAUAAAAAGGGACAAAGCAAGAUACACCUGCAUGACAAAGCCUGUCUCGGGAGAGAGCUCUUAAAAAGUUGACUCCUGUUCGUGCUUGGAUUAAGGCUUAAAGUAGGGUUGUGUAAACUUGUGUUUGUGGUUUUGCUUCUGCCAGGUAAUCAGCAGGCUUUGUGAUGGAGGAGUUAAACUGGGCUUCUGCUAGAGUGCUAAAGGAUUGUAGCAGUGCAGCCAAAUAUUACCAAGACAGAAGUUGCAUAGCGGGGUGCAUCCCACAUAAUGGAAUAGGUGUGGUUGUUCUGUCACACCAGUGAGACAUGUGUAUAUAUUUAUAAAUAUGAAGUGGUUAUUCCAGUUCAAGUUCUAUUUUUCAGUUCCUGUGCAUCUAACCUGCGUCACUAUUAAUAUUCGUGCAAGUGGUACACUAAAAAAAAAAAUAUUUUUAUCACUGAACAUCCGUGUGGCAAUGCGGUAUCCGAUGAGGGCAAACCCACAUGAGCCAUUUCCUGUUGUUACAGAACUCAAGAACUUAAUCAAGCAUUCAUGUUAAUACAUUGUAACUUAUUUAAAAACAGUUGUGACGUCCCUGUAAACUUAUCUUUAAAAAAUAAAUACAACAAUUUGGUUACCUUAGAUGCCAAUAAAACACACUGUUCCACCUUGAAA